AAUGCAGGCUGUCACCGAUGAGCAACAAGGAGAAAGCUUCUGCGCAUGCUUGCGGCCGGACGUCCUGGAUCUCAUUGGCGGGCCUUGCUGUAUCGGCUGCGGACGCAGAAUUGAUCAUAAUAGCCCUCUGAAGACAUUAUCUCACCAGUCAAGCAGUAUCUAUAGAUACAAGUCGUUGAAAGUUUCGGAUGAGAUACGGCUUGUGCGCUUAUUACCUGCGAAGAAUCGGGACGACGAUGUCCAAUGCGUUAUAACACACACAGCCUUACACCGCGGCUUAUGUUUCGAGGCGCUUUCAUAUGCUUGGGGUAGUACCGUUCUCUCACAAACUAUCCAUACUUUUGAAGGGAUCGUACGAGUUACUCAAAACUGUAGCGACGCGCUAAGAGACUUGCGACACCAGGAUGAAAGCCGUCUUCUUUGGAUAGAUGCAAUUUGCAUCAAUCAGGAAAGCAACGACGAGAAAAACCAUCAAGUACCCCUCAUGAGUAAGAUAUAUGCAGCUGCUUCUCGAACCCUCAUAUAUAUUGGGCCUGAUCUACUCGCAACCGCCCGCGAUACUUUCCGGCAUCUGGAAGAGGGCGACGGAUACUGCCACAAAUGCGAAGAUUGCCGCCUCCGCAGAAUGAGCAAUUCAAAUCUCUCAUGGCAUCGCACAACGAGAAAGCAUGGUCCAGAGACGAUGUGGAAUGACUUGACGAGAAUAGUUGGUAUGCCCUGGUUCUCUCGUGUGUGGGUCCUACAGGAGAUCGCCAACAGCAAAAAAGCGCUUUUGGUAUGGGGAACCGAAUCGGUGGACUGGAAGGUACUUUCCACCACUGCGAUACGAAUCUACUCCGAUACUGCAUCAUAUCGAUCACGAUUUCCUGCUUGGCGCCAAUUCCGCCUCCCGCCGACAUUACUACUUGCUGACUCCGACCCACGACCAUUCAACGAUCUCUAUACGCUGAUUCAUUUCGCUAAGAACACGCAUGCAUCCGAUCCAAGAGACAAGGUUUUUGCUUUGCUUGGACUGUUGAAACCGACAGUCCGCCAUGGUAUAGUUCCAGAUUACAACAAAUCGGUAGAAGAAGUCUACUUUGACUUCGUCCAGAAUUUUGUCAGGGUCUACAACCAUUUGGACAUCUUGCGAUUCCAUCAACCCGAACCUGAAGAACACUGGCUUGAACCAGAGCCACAUUCGACUGCCAAUAGUGCAAAAGGCGAGAUGAUUCCCGAGAGAAAGAACUUCGAACCAGAGUCGAGAGUUCCGUCAUGGUUGCCCAGUCUGGAUUUCGAAACUGAGCCCACAACUGGCAUCUACUACGGAAUAAAGAAAGAAUCAGAAAUCGAAAAGUCCAGUCAGCCUGUAAAGCGUGACUGUACCUCAAAACAUCAUGAUCAUCAUGGUCCAGCCAUGGAAGUCAGCCUAUUACGAGAUGCGACUGUAUCGGAAUACAUCGAGAAAAUCAAACGUGACGAGGGACUGCUGUCCAGCCAAACGUGGUCACGGCUCAUGGUAACUUUGGAUAUUCUACGCAGCCGCCCAAUAAAUGACAUCGUGAUGCUAUAUCAUGCGGGAAGAAUCCGAGCAAACGAUGAAAUCUGUCACAUCCGUGGGGUUAGUGGGCCAGUCAUCUUGCGACCAGUUCAAAACGGCCACGCUGGGCCAACUUUUCGACUAGUCACUUUCUGCAGUCUGUUCAUGAAAAUGGACUGGUACAAAUUUGGCCAUAUUUUGUCAGGGGAGCGAUUCAGAGAUAUCAUGCGCGAAUACAAGCCAGAGGGAGAAACAGCUGCAAAAGUCGAUUCCCCUAAUAGUUCUCAACCUGAAUUGAAAAAGGAUUGGGUAACUGCCUGCUUAGUCUAG